AUGUUUUCCAACAUACCCGACGUUUUUUUGUUCAUACUAUUCUUAUUCACUUUAGCAUUAACCUACGAUAGUUUUCAUAAAGUUAAUUUAGAACUGGAAAUGAUCCAAAGCAUUUUAUCUGAAAAUAUAAAAUAUCUUUAUUUUAUCCUUAUAUGCCUAAUCACUCUUUGGCACAAAAUUGAUUCAACGUCACGAACUGAAGCUAAAAAAAUUGAAGCUAUAUUUGCUCUUAAUAAUGAAAUACGUAAUGACAUUACUGGAAUACGUAAUGAUAUUACUGGAAUAUGCAAUAACAUUACUGGAAUACAUAACGACAUUACUGGAAUACGCAACGAAAUUACUGGAAUGCAUAACGACAUUACCGGAAUACAUAAUGAUAUUAAUAGAAUACGUGGAACAUCCAAUUUUGGUUUUGCAUGCCUAUUUAUUCUUUACCACAAAAUUAAUUCAAUAUCCCAAACUGAACCCAAAAAAAUUGAAGCCAUAUUGGCUCUUACUAAUGAAAUACCAUCAAAAUUGAUUCAAUAUCCCAAACUGAAACCAAAAAAAAUUGAAGCUAUAUUGGCUCUUACUAAUGAAAUACGUGACAAUAUUAAUAAAAUGCAUAAUACAUCUCGAAUUGAACAUAAAAAAAUUAUAUCAGAUCUUAGCAUCAACGUUAAUAGAAUAUGUGAAACAUCCAAAAAAGAAAAUGAAGAAAUUGGAAAAACUAUAUCAGAUCUUAUAUCAGAUCUUCGUAAAAACUUUAAUGAAAUACGUGAAGCUGAACAAAGCCUUAUUUUUCAAGCAGUUUUAAAUCAGUUUUCAAACACAAAGAGUAUAAGCACAAGACAGAUCUCUAGUUGCAAUGAUACAGAAACACUUCGGAGCAAAUUUAAGUCCCUCGUUGAUCAAAGAACAGAAAGGGACAGGCUAUCCUUCCCUGGUCCGGUGCUUAAAGCAUUAACUACAGAUAUUGAUCUACAUAUUGACACCUUGGCUAAGUUUUAUCUCGGUCUUACAAAACCACAUACAAAAACAUUGAAAGAAAUUAGUGGGUGGGUCGAUGAAGAAACAAAAAGAAAUAACAAUAAAAAUAUAUAUAAUUUUAGUCGACUUCUACAAAAUUAA